CCGGGCGCGGGUACUGGCGCUCGACUAAGAGCCAAGACUGGGUUUGAGCGCUCCUUUGGGCUCCUCUUGUUGGACCUUGGCCGGGAACAUCCCUGCGAGACAGUCAAAAGGAAGUUCUGCCGGACACAGAGCAGUGUGCAGCUAGGGAUGGCUCACUCCCUGGCUCCUCUGAAUCUGAAGAAGGAGGGGUAUGGGGGAGCAAGGGGGGAUCAUGGCCCGACCUGGGGACAGGGACUCCAGCUGCAAGGGAACAGCAGAGGCGGAGGCUGGGAGCAGCUGUGCAGGCAGUUCCGGCAGUUGCGCUAUGAAGACACCACGGGCCCCCGUGAGGCGCUGAGCCGGCUCUGGGAGCUCUGCCGACGGUGGCUGCAGCCGGAGACGCACAGCAAGGAGCAGAUCCUGGAGCUGCUGGUGCUGGAGCAGUUCCUGACCAUCCUUCCCGGGGAGCUGCAGGCCCGGGUGUGGGAGCAGCACCCAGCCAGUGCAGAGGAGGUGGUGGUUGUGCUGGAGGGUUUGCAGCUGGAGCUUGGAGCACUGGAACCACAGGAUCCAGACCAGGCAAAGAAACAGAAAAUGCCGGUGGGGGAAACGGUGCCCCUGAAAGCAAAGCAGAAGCAGCAGGUCCCACAGGAGUGUGAGGUUCCAAAGUCUGAGAAGGAGAAGGGGGAGAAGAAAAGGACAGAGAAUGGGAAGCUGUCUGUAGAGACAGACUCUUGCAGAGGAGUGGAGUCCCCCAGGAAAAUUGACCAGCCCUUGGACGCAUGUUGCACAGACUCUUUCACGGAGGGGCAGCAGACGAAGCCUCAGGAGAAGACUGGCCUUCAAUGCCCAGGACGUGGGGAGGGAUGCACCCAGCACUCAGAUCUGAGCAAACAUGAAGGUGCGUGCCCAGGAGAGAAACUCUGUGACUCUAACGUGCUUCCACAUGCCAGUCUUACUGGACGUCAGAAAAUUGGCUCCAGAGACAAAGGCCAUCAGUGUCAUGAGUGUGGGAAGGCCUUUCAGAGAAGUUCACACCUUGUCAGACAUCAGAAAAUCCAUCUUGGUGACAAGCCUUAUCAGUGUAAGGAGUGUGGGAAAGUCUUCAGCCAGAACGCAGGCCUUCUGGAACAUCUCAGGAUCCACACUGGUGAGAAACCAUAUCUCUGUAUCCACUGUGGGAAGAACUUUCGGCGCAGCUCCCACCUUAAUCGACACCAGAGGAUUCACAGUCAGGAGGAGCCCUGUGAGUGCAAGGAGUGUGGAAAAACCUUCAGCCAGGCCCUUCUCCUCACACACCACCAGAGAAUCCAUAGUCACUCCAAAAGCCACCAGUGCAACGAGUGUGGGAAAGCCUUCAGCUUGACCUCAGACCUUAUUCGACACCACAGGAUUCACACUGGAGAGAAACCUUUCAAAUGCAGCAUAUGCCAGAAGGCCUUCCGACUGAACUCACACCUUGCUCAGCAUGUGAGGAUCCACAAUGAAGAGAAACCCUAUGAGUGUAACAACUGUGGAGAAGCCUUCAGGCAGAGGUCAGGUCUUUUUCAACAUCAGAGAUAUCACCACAGGGACAAAGUGGCUUGAUGAGGUGGCCACAUGAAGGUACAGGAGAUUUAACAAAAAGCACUUUCCUCCAAGACACAGGACAUUUGACAAAAAGCACUUUAGGAAAAGUCACUCCAGCCCACUCUGACUUCAGAGAAUGCUUGGGGGCCAAGCUGGAGCCUCACUGCAGUCAUCCUUUCUCCUUUGUUUUCCCUUGAAGUCAACUUUGGACCACAGUCAUUUGACAGUUCUCUGGAAUGAAAGCGGAACACCAUUCUUCACUGCAGGACUCUCGGUCAUUUCUCAUGGCAGAGGCAGGACUCUGCAUCUCUAAAUAGUACAGGGCCUCGGGAUUGAGUGAGGACUGGAAAAUCAGUGAAUCAAGUGUCCACAGAUUUACCGACUUAAACAAAACAAGAGCAGGUUGAUAUUUUUGCAUCAGACCCCUGUAUAAUAAAACUAAUGAUGUUUGGAAAUAUAUCACCGUCAAAGCUUCCCUCAAGUGUUGGUUAACGGCGACCAUUUUCCCUCACUGGCUUUAUUCCCCACCCCGUGCCCACUGUUGUUACCCCCAUACUCCCUGCCCCCCAGCAGCACAAAUAUUGUGGAAAGCAAAGAGAAUCUAGUUUUACCAAUGCCUUUCCCAUCCUUGCCACUCUACUUCUUUGAUUCAAGUUAGAAAGGGAAAAGAUUUCCUUUGAAAUGAAAACAAGCUGAAUUAAUCCAAGUGGCAACAGUCUUACUUGAUAACUGCAUUGCCAAUGUAAUGUCUGCUCUAUCAGGAGUGCCUGGAGUACACUUGUUUCCUUCCAGUAAAGGUUUCUUUUAAGUUAGUUUGGAUUGGGUAUCUAAACCUUGCCAACCAAGUAGCCAACAAACAAUAACCCCUAAUUAAGACAACCAGCUCAUGCAAAGUCUUCAUGGAAGAUAAUCUUCAAUGAGUUGCACAAUACUCCAUGACAUGUGUCCUCUUGUUAGUCUGUCACGUUGCCAGUAUUUCAGUGACCAUCCAUGUACAUACAACAACCUUGUACCUGUAGUCUUAUUCUAUUCAAUGCCCAUAACUAGAAUAAAUGUAACAAUGGGCAAGUAUAUUUUCUAAAGCUUUUCAUGUAUUUGCCAGGGUUAUACUGAUCUGCAAAUCCUGUUAACAGUCUGUGAAAACACCCUCAUCAGCCCUGGGAAUGAUUAUUUAGAAUAUUUGAUAAUCUGAUGUAUACAAAAUGGGUCUUUUUUUUUUUAAAGAUUUAUUUAUUUAUUAAAUAUACGAGCACUGGGUACAGUCAGAAGCGCGGAAGGGUGAGAGAAUCCACCAGAGCCAGAGCGGGGAGCAGAGCAGGCAGAAGGACAGAAGUACAUUGCUGAGGGGAGCAGCGGGCAGCAGGAGAGGUCUGCGUGCCAUGUGGGACCCUCCUCCAGUGGCCGGGCCAGCAGCCUGGGAUCGAAUUGGCGCCGCCGAGGCUGUGGGCAGCUUCACAACCCAGCGCUCAACCGCUGCACCACCGGGGAGGCCCUGGCUCUGCCUUUUAAAGAGUUUUUAAAGGAUAUUUUUACAAUCAAA